AUGGCUCAGCUUGCGAGGACGGCACAGCUUGCGAGGACGGCACAGCUUGCAAGGACAUCACAGCUUGCGAGGACAGCUCAACUUGAGAGGACAGCUCAACUUGACAGGACAGCUCAACUUGAGAGGACAGCUCAACUUCAGAGGACAGCAAAACUUGAGAGGACUGCUCAACUUGAGAGGGCUGCUCAGCUUCAGAGGGCAGCUCAACUUGAGAGGGCAGCUCAACUUGAGAGGGCAGCUCAACUUGAGAGGGCAGCUCAAAUUGAGUGUACAGCUCAACUUGAGAGGAAAUCUCAACCUGAGAGGACACCUCAACCUGAGAGGACAGCUGAACUUGAGAGGACAGCACAACUUACGAGGACAGGAAAGCUUGCGAGGACAGCAAAGCUUGUGAGGACAGCAAAGCUUGUGAGGACAGCACGGCUUGCGAGGACAGCAAGGCUUGCGUGGACAGCACGGCUUCCGAGGACAGCACGGCUUGCAAGGACAGCACGGCUUGCGAGGACAGCACAGCUUGCGAGGACAGCACAGCUUGCGAGGACAGAACAGCUUGCGAGGACAGCACAGCUUGCGAGGACAGCAUUACUUGAGAGGACAGCUCAACUUGAGAAGACAGCUCAACUUUGGAGGACAGCUCAACAUAAGAGGGCAGCUCAACUUGAGAGGGCAGCUCAACUUGAGAGGGCAGCUCAACUUGAGAGGGCAGCUCAACCUGAGAGGACAGCUCAACUUGAGAGGACAGCACAACUUACAAGGACAGGAAAGCUUGCGAGGACAGCAAAGCUUGUGAGGACAGCAAAGCUUCUCAACUUGAGAGGACAGCUCAACUUAAGAGGGCAGCUCAACUUGAGAGGGCAGCUCAACUUGAGACGACAGCACAGCUUGCGAGGACAGCACAGCUUGCGCGGACAGCACAGCUUGCGAGGACAGCACAGCUUGCGAGGACAGCAAAGCUUGCGAGGACAGCUUGGCUUGCGAGGACAGCACGGCUUGCGAGGACAGCACGGCUUGCGAGGACAGCACAGCUUGCGAGGACAGCACAGCUUGCAAGGACAGCACAGCUUGCGAGGCCAGCAAGGCUUGCGAGGACAGUACAGCUUACGAGGACAGCUCUACUUGAAAGGACAGCUCAACUUGAGAGGACAGCUCAACUUGAGGGGACAGCUCAACUUUAGAGGACAGCUCAACUUGAGAGGACAGCUCAACUUGAGAGGACAGCUCAACUUGAGAGGACAGCUCAACUUGAGUGGACAGCUCAACUUGAGAGGACAGCUCAACUUGAGAGGACAGCUACACUUGAGAGGACAGCUCAACUUGAGGGGACAGCACAACUUGAGAGGACAGCACAACUUGUGA